AUGCCCUCGGUACCUUUCGCCAUCUCGUCACAGUCGAGGAAGAAGUUGAAAUCCUUUCAGUUUGAUGAGAAGUUAUUGGCAAACAAAGAAGACAAAGAAAACCAACGUCUAGAAGAGGUGGUGCUCGCUAUCAUGCCUGAGGAUGUCUCACCUCCGCGUCCCGCUGCCCCGGAAGACAGUUUCCCACGUACUCCAGCAGUUCGAAUACCCAUUGAAGACCUGAUCGCAAACACUGAGGAUGCUUUCAAUUGUGCCAUCCCUAUUACAACUCCCAAAGACCAUGUGUCCUGGCAAUUAUGUCCGGACAGCUCUGAUGCAUCAGCAGCUGCUAGAAGUACACAAAGAAGUCGAAAGCGUGCACAUAGCUCAUCACCAACUUCAUCUCAAUUAGAAGUUUCGGAACAUUUUUCAGCCUCCAAGGAGCCUUUGAACCUCGACGUACUAAACAAAUCCCUGCGCACACCAAACAAUGACCCAACGCAAGAUCUCUGGAAUCGCUAUUCUGCAGCCAAUGCUUCAAAAGCAAACCAGGCUGAACCAACAUUGCCUCCUUACGCCCAUCUCUUGCCCUCCUCCCCACAGACUCCAAGCACUGCAAGCAAAGAUGGUGGUUUACGUCGUACACAUAGCUGUGGAGUUGAAUGGCCCACCUCAAUGCCCAAACGCCGGAAGACAGAUAUAGCCGAAUCUCACGGACGGACGAAAGAUCUGUUUGCUGGUUCAAGAAAAGACAUUCUAAGUCGAGACUUAUCCAACAAUACUCGUGUGGGCUUGCUCCUGGACAAAAUUCAGCGAAGUCUUAUCAGCAAACCAAUAGCUGAGGAAGGUCCAUCGAGUUCGUCUCCAUUACCCGAUCGACGAUCUCAAAAUCUGAUAUCCCCUACCCGGCCCAAAAGUCGAGAUCGACCAGCAGAAGCUGCUGUCGUCAAUCCAGACAUUUCGAUGCAAAGACCUUCACCACUGAAAAUGGAUGCCAAAAUUGAUCAGACCUCCUUUUCUGAGUUCAGUGAGGAUGGUCUCGAUCUUGAAGCUUUCGAAAGUGUUGAGCUGGAAAUUGCUCAGCAAUCGCAACAACAGGUGAUGGACGGUAGUCCAAUAACAAACGACACGACUAAUGGAUGUAUUACAAGGGUCGACGACCUUACUGCACAAUCAAAGACUACAGGAGCCUCUCAAGGAGUCGGUUGCCACAGUCCGCAGCUUCAGGCAGUGGCUCUACCAAGAAAUUCGCAAAUUUAUGACCACGAAACGAAAGCGCCUAAUGAAGACGAGUUCGUUGACGAAUUUGAUGAUGACGAAGAUUUGAUGAAUGAUCUCCUUGAUCUAACAGCAAAAUAUGAAUCUCAAGCAAAACACAAUACAGAUAAUGAAAGUAUCGCUUUGAAUCCUCAUCCGCCCCGACAAGAACAACCUCAAAACACCACUGGGCAUUUGGAAAGUCUUGACGAGUUUGAAGAUGCCUUUGAUGAUGAUGACGAAUUAUGGGAUAACAUUGCAAAAGCUACACCUGCUAGUGGGACAAUAGCUGCUGGUAGCGCAAAUACUAAUUCAAUGGAUAAUCGAGCUAUCAAGCGUUAUCUUAUCAUUGAUGUUUUCGAAAACCAGUACGAGUACAAAGCUGGCCGUACUCGCCCUGAAAAAAUGCUCUCAGUCAAAGACGAAAAGACUGGUAUGCUUUACAUAAUUUCCCUGCGUGAUUCAUGGUAUGAUACUCGAUGUACCAAAGGGUCAUACGUGCAUGUCAUUGGCAAAUUCGAUCGCCUUGGUCAAUGUAUUGUCAAUGAUGCAGACAAUAUGAUCAUCCUCCAUCCAGAUCAUCUGAUAUCUUCGACUGUGGUGGGUGAUGCAUUCACCUGUAUGCGUCGUGCUGUCCUUCAAGAUCGUGUCAAAGCAACAAGCGCAGCGACAGCCCCACAGGUCUAUGGACACAUUCUCCACGAAGUCUUCGGACAAGCACUUCUGCUCAACAAGUGGGAUCCUGACUCAUUAAGAGAGAUCAUUGACAAAAUUCUUCCUUCAUUUCUCGAACCUUUGUACGAAAUUGGCGUACGAACGCAAGAUGCCACAGAAUACCUUUUGAGCAAGACGCCGGAAAUGAUGGCAUGGGCCAGUGUGUUUGUUAGUGACAAUUUUUCCGACGACUCUGUCAUCCGCGAUCGCAAUGGUGUUCUUGUUCCCACCAAAAUUAAUAAGGUCUUGGAACUUGAAGAGCAUAUUUGGUCUCCAAUGUAUGGCCUCAAGGGAAACAUCGAUGCCACAGUUCAAGCCCAAAUGAAGCUGCCAAACGAGACAACAAACAGAACCCUGGUGGUUCCCCUGGAACUGAAAACUGGGAAGCGAGACAAUGUAGAACAACAUCGUGUUCAGACUGCUUUGUACACACUCCUUCUCACAGAUCGAUAUGAUAUCAAUGUGGCCUCAGGUGUUCUUUACUACAUGGAGACCUCAAAGACGUUUCGAGUGGAAGGAAUACGAAACGAAAUCCGCCAUAUGGUCAUCGAACGCAAUGAAUUGGCAUGCUAUGUUCAUGACAAGCUGGCCCUGCCACCCAUGAUCAAAAAGGAACAUAUGUGUAAAAGUUGCUACUCAAAGUCAGCCUGUUUUACUUAUCACAAACUCUCCGAGGAUGGCGAUGGCGAAACUAGUGGGCUUGGGGAGAAGUUCACUGAAAGCGUCAACCAUCUUUCUCCAAUCCAUCAAACCUUUUUCAAGAAGUGGGAUGAGCUUUUGACCAAAGAGGAACGAGAUACCAUGAAAUUUCGUCGCGAACUAUGGACCAUGUUAAGCUCAGAACGUCAAGCAGUUGGGCGUUGCUUUUCGGAAGUUGUCAUUCUGCCUGGUUCAGUGAUUGAAAAUACGGAAAACUCGAAGAUCAACAGAUUCGAGUACACAUUCGUGAAGCAUAAACCAGUAGCAGGGUUUUCUUUCACAGAGUCUCAAAUUACCAUUGGGGAACCCAUCGUCAUAUCUGAUGAGAAGGGCCAUUUCAAUUUCGCGGCGGGCUAUGUUACUAAUGUACGUCCGACGAGAGUGGUUGUCUCUGUUGAUCGCAGAUUGCAAUAUGGACGUCGACGGAAGGCAGGUUUCCACCCAUCGACUAAUCAAGUCUUCUCGGGCACUUUAGGUGCUGAUGAUACUUCGUCCUCCUCUUCGAUUGAUUCUGAUAAUCCCACUCUUUACCGCAUCGACAAGGAUGAAUUUGCCAAUGGAAUGGCGACUGCACGAAAUAAUAUCCUCCGCAUAAUGGAGAAAGAUCUUUGGCAGGCGAAGGAACUGAGACAAUUAAUUGUCGAGAACAAGCCACCAGAGUUCAAAAUCUCUCCCACAGCUUACAAUUUGACUGGUCCUGCUUCCCAGCAGAAUUUGAACGGCGACCAACGCAGAGCGAUCGAGAAAGUCAUGAGUGCAAAAGACUAUGCUCUGGUACUGGGGAUGCCUGGUACAGGUAAAACCACGACUAUUGCUCAUAUCAUUCGAGCACUAGUAUCACAAGGUAAAUCGGUCUUGCUCGCAUCGUACACGCACACAGCGGUAGACAACAUUCUCUUGAAGAUCAAAGAUGAUAAGAUCCCGACUUUCCGAAUUGGAGCCAUCAACAAAGUCCAUCCGGAUAUCCAAUCGUUCGCGGACGUAUCAGGGAUCCCAAAAAGAUCCCUCGAAGAUCUACAUGCCUCAUGGCAGGGAAGUCAAGUGGUUGCGACCACGUGUCUUGGGGUUAAUCAUGGUAUUUUCAACGCUCGAACUUUUGAUUAUUGCAUUGUGGACGAAGCCUCACAAAUCACUCUACCCGUUUGUUUAGGACCCAUUCGCAUGGCUAAAACAUUUAUUCUGGUUGGUGACCACUAUCAACUUCCACCACUUGUGCAGAACAAGGAGGCACAGCAAGGUGGCUUGGACGUCAGCUUAUUCAAGUUGCUCUCAGAUGCCCAACCGGACUCUGUCGUCAAUCUGGAGCAUCAAUAUCGCAUGGCAGAAGACAUCAUGCUGCUCUCUAAAGAGCUCGUUUACUCGGGACGGAUCAAGUGUGGCAACGAAGCUGUGGCGAAGCGAACAUUAAGCAUACCGGCUCUGGAGGGUGGUCUUGCCCUGCACCAUGUAACCGCGUUAUCCCUGCCCAGCACGGCAAGCUCUUCGGCAAAUGUCUGCGUCUCAAGCAGUUCGUGCUGGCUUCGUAAAUCACUUGCUCCAAGUUCUCGAUGUCUUUUCUUGAACACCGACAACCUUUCGCCUCUGGGAAGUCGGCUGGAGACUAUAGCUGGGCCUCGGAUUACGAACUCAACUGAAUCAACAUUGGCCGUACAACUCGUCACGACACUGAUAAGUUCAGGAGUUGCGCCGAAAAACAUUGGGGUGAUCACCUUCUAUCGUUCUCAACUUGCCCUCCUUAGGAAUGAUCUCAAAGCAAGUGCUGGACGUACCGCCGCAAGCGAAGUGGAGAUGCAUACAGCAGACAAAUAUCAGGGAAGAGACAAAGAAGUCGUCAUUUUGAGUUGUGUUCGAAGCAACGAAAACAACCAUGUCGGAGACCUUCUGAAGGAUUGGAGACGAGUUAAUGUGGCAGUGACGCGAGCUCGAAGCAAGCUUCUCAUCAUUGGGAGUCGAUCCACUCUAGCAGGAAGUGGUGUCCCAAUACUGCAAGGCUUGACAACGAUUAUGCAUGACAAGGGUUGGGUGCUUGACCCACCAGCAGGAGCGCUUGAUUCGCAUUCAUUCAUUGUGACAAGUCAAACUACUAGCGCUACCCAAGCGAGCACAGCGAAAACUCUCGAAAAACCUGUCCCUGAAGCAAAGGGAUCCCAGCGCUCGCCUCGAAAAUCCAACCCGUUGCAAGCAGUUGAUGGUAAUGCCUUCCGAAGCCCACAGACAACACCCGCCAAGACGCCAUUGAAGGGCAUACUUCGCAAACCGAACAUCAAAACCCAAGGAAACCAGACGAGGAAUGUUCAGAAACUGCUCGACACCCAGUCAGUCUUGAGAGAUGUGUUUAACGAGCUUGACCCUGCCAACGACGAGAACGUCCAACACUACCCGAAGGAGAAGCACAUCGCAUUUGAUAUCGACAUGGAUGAUGAUUUUGAACCCGCGGAUUUUGGUGUAUAUUGA